AUGGAGUUUGCAGUUCCCAUUUCUAUGUGCAGUCCAAGUUGUCCCUCAGGAUUUAGGAAGAUGAUACUACCAGGAAAAUCAGCUUGCUGUUAUGACUGUGCCCGCUGUCCCUAUGGACAUAUUUCAAACCAAACAGAUGCUGUUGAAUGUCAUCCAUGUUCCUGGGACACAUGGCCCAAUCUACAACAGGACAGAUGCUUACCAAGAGCUACAGAGUUUCUUUCCUAUGAAGAACCUUUGGGUUACAGCUUAACAGCUGCAUCAAUGUUUUCUUCUCUGUUUCCUCUUAUUAUUUUGGCAGUUUUUAUUUAUUAUCAAAAAACACCAAUAGUCAGAGCAAACAACUAUUCCCUUAGUUGCCUUCUCCUGCUCUCCUUGUUCCUCUGUUUCCUUUGCUCUUUAGGGUUCAUUGGUUACCCACAACCUACACAGUGUCUUCUGCGCCAGGUGGCAUUUGGGAUGGUUUUUGCUCUUUGUAUCUCCUGUGUUCUGGCCAAAACCAUCACUGUUGUCAUUGCCUUUAAUGCAACCAAACCAGGCAGCAGGUUAAGAAAAUGGACAGGGAUAAAUGUGUCCUACUGCUUCAUAGUCUUUUGUCUCUUUUUUCAGCUAUUUCUGUGUGUAAUGUGGCUGACAUUUUCACCUCCCUUUACUGAGCUGGACACUAGCACCAAUCCUGGAGUCAUCAUUGUUAACUGCAAUGAAGCAUCACUAACUGCUUUCUGGUGCAUGCUGGGAUACCUAGGUCUCUUAGCUACCAUCAGUUUCAUUGUUGCCUUCUUGGCCAGACGUCUCCCUGACAGUUUCAAUGAAGCCAAAUUUAUCACAUUCAGUAUGUUGGCUUUCCUCAGUGUCUGGGUGUCCUUUAUCCCAGCCUAUCUCAGUGCACGGGGCAUGUAUACUGUGGCAAUGGAAGUCUUUGCCAUUCUGUCUUCCAGCUGGGCUGUGGUGAUCUGUAUCUUUACUCCAAAAUGUUUCAUUAUAUUGUUCAGACCCAACAUGAACUCUAAAGAACAUCUUACGGUUAAGAACAAAGUUCAAAAAUAA